AUGUCAUUGAUGCUGGGAAGCCCAGCGCCAUCGCCGUCCAAGCGGCGCUUGCGAGAACUCGUCGAGGCUGCGCGCGUCGCCACGUGCUCACAGGACGUGGAUGCUCGGGACGAGGCCAAGGCGCAGGCGCGCCAAGACAAGUACUAUACGCGCUGGCGCCACAUGCGCUGUCUCCAUGCGUACUACGCGUCGCGCCCGACGCCACUCUUGCCUGCUCUGCACGUGGCCUGUUUUGAGGCGUGUGUCCAGGCGCACGUGCCGCUCUCGCUCCUUGAAAGCAUAUUGGUCAAGUGCUUGGGCCUUGAUCCGCGCGACAAGCACGCCAUCCACUUGGUGCGCGCGGUCUUGGAUGUCGUCGCGGAGACGAGUGCGCACGGCCUUGUCGUGGACUACCGACGCGUCGCAGCCAUGUGGGACACGCUCGAGCAGCCACUUUUGGCGCCACGCGACCGCCUCUCGCGCUGGUUCUACAUCUACGCCAGCACCAAGAACAACGUCGAAGCGAUCCACACGAGCUCCGACCUGAGUGCCAUGUGCACGCUCGCGUCGUCGAGUCCGCUGGAGGAGGCCGAAGUCGACCACUGCCUCAACGAAUUCUUCACCGAAACGCGUGCCAAGCGAUGCCAUGCCUAUACCCUCGCAGAGUUGCUGGCGUAUAUGGAGUCGCACCCGUGGUUCCCCAAGCUGCUCGACCGUCAAGUGUGGCACAUCCUCCCCGACGCCAUUCGGCUCGAGUACCACCGAGACAAGUACGGCGUCUCCGUGCUCCGUGUCGAGCAGGAGCGAUACGCCGUGCGCCUCCAGCUCGCCGCGCGGACAUGGUCGCUGGCCUCGUCGCGGGCCCACUGGCAUCGCUGGCGCGAGUGGACCUACCUCUCGCGUCUCAAGAAGCGAGGCGAGCGCCAUCGCCAAUCCGUCCAGUGCGCCCGCGGUCUCAUGGGCCUUCGAGACCAUUGCCACCGACGUCGGUGGAUGCAUCUACGCGAGGCCAUGGCCCGCACUCAGUACCACAAAUCCCUUCUCGCGCGAGUCUUUCUCGACUGGACCUUCUUUCACGCUGCAUGGCGAGCUCUCAACGCGUGGGCAGUCGUGCGCGCCGAGCGGUUCCGACCGCCACGUCUCUUGCGGCCACCGUACACGGCGUGGAUCCAGUACACCCAGCUGCAAUUUCAACUCCGACGCGAGCGCCACGAGAUUUGCGUCGCCAAGGCCCGAGCCGUGCGCGCCCAGCUGCUUCAGACCAUCGUGUCGGCGUGGGUCUACUAUGUUGUGCUUCAGAAGCGCGAUCGGCAAGCGGCAGCGCACCAAGACGCGAUGGUUUCCGCCGACAUUGAGUACGCGCGCGUCGAGCGCGAAGUGGCGCAAAUGACGAUCGAAGACGCCAUCGCACGCGAGGUGAUUGCAAGAGACAAGCAAGAGAUGGAGCGGGCGCGGGCGGCCGCGUUCCGCGCCCAAACCGAGCAAAUCAAAAAGAUGCGCAAACAGCGCGAGCUCAUCGAGUACCGGACCGCCAAGAAACUCGAGCGACAGCGGCGCUUGGACGCCACCAACGACGCCGCGUGGGCCGAGAUCGAAGCCAUGGCCAAGGCCAAGGCCCGCGAAGCUGCUACAAAGUGGCUCGCGACGCCAGAAGGCAAAUUAAAGCUUCUCGAGUCGGCGACGUACAUUUACGAGACGGGCCCGUCAACGGUCGCCGCGGGCCUUCAAGCGGAUCCAGCCUACGGCAACGUGCCAAACUGCGUCUGGGUGUGCCGCCUCGAGGUCUUUCGCACCAAGGCGCAGCCACCCAAGGCCUACUAUAUGCACACGGAAGAUCUGAAUAAGAUCUUAUGCGCCAAUUUAACGCUGGCGGAUUGCGAUGCGAUCGCUCGCGAGCAGUAUAUUCAAACGCGCGUGAACGAAACGAUGGCGCAGCUUGCAAUACGCGGCGCCGAAGAGAGACUCAAGGUGCUGCGCAACCGGUCGGCCAAGACAAUCCAGCUCCUCUUUCGGUGUCGCCAAGCGCGAAAACACAUGCGCGGCCUCAUGCGCGCUGUCGUGAUGCGCCGCAUCGAUCCGACGACGGGCGCCGUCGUCUACUACAAUACCAUGUCCCGCACCACGUCGCCGUCGCCGCCUGUACUCAUGGGCGCAGCCGUCGCGACGCUUCCAAUGGAGUCGCUCAACUGGGUCCGCCGUAUGAACAACCGUGGCGAGCUCUUCUACUUCAACCAAGAGACGCUCGAGACUUCGUGGACGAUCCCCGACGGCUAUGUGCUCUGCUUCAAGUGCAAACUCAACUUUGUGACGCAGCGCCACGUGGCGACGGGCGUCCGCUACUGCGUCUCGUGCUUUGCCGAGCGCAUUCACAUUGAGCGCCAAGAGGCCAAGGCCCAGGGUGAAGCUAUUGACCCAAGGAAAGGCUGGGCCAAGGUCGUCGUGCAGGCUGCCAAGUGCGCGGUCUGCAAGACGAGCGCGGCCGCGGUGCAGUGCCACGAUUGUCUCGGCGACACGACGUGCUUGCGCUGCUUUACCAUUUUGCACGCCAACCCCAAGCUCAAGCACCACACACAGCACGAGUCGCUCUUGCACACGUCGAAUGCAAGCGCCUCGUAG